AGUGUGGUUAUGGACCGUUGUUUGUUUUUUUGAAUUAUUCAUAUUUAUAAUGUACAACAAUUUUCGAAAAAAGACUUGGUUUAAGAAUAAAUCAAAAAAGCCAACUAAAGAGUAUAGCAAUGCCAUUAAAGCAAAUGCUUCACGAUUUGAACGUACACCUGUUCAUGGCUAUUAUGGGUUUAAACUUUAUUUUCCUGAGGACUCUGUCGAUGCAGAAUGUAUUUUAAUGAAUACAACAGCUUUUGAAGACUAUAUACAAAGAAACCAAAAAGACUUUUCGUUUAGCAAGAUCAAGCAAGAAAAAGUCUUUUUUAUUGAUGUGAAAGAACUUUCUGAAGAUGAUGAAUUUUUGAAAAAAUGGAAAAGCUUCCCUGAUGAUAUUGUGUGCAACACCGAAUACUCUUUGUCAUGUUUAAGUUUAGCCAUGUACCAAAUUUUAAUGAAAAUAGAGGAAAAAAGACUGAAUGGACAACAAAAACAACCUGAUUUUUUACCAAUUUUAAAUACUAGAAUAAUUAAUUUUAAUCCGAUUUUGCAACUGAAAAAUUUAAAAGUUAAUUAUUUUGGAAAGUUAGUCACUGUAAGAGGAACUGUUAUAAAAGCUGGCAAUGUAAAAUUGUUAUACAAUUACAUAGAAUUUUCAUGUGGUUCUUGUAGUGGUACCCAAGUGGUUAAGCAAAUUGGUGGAAACUUGACAAUCCCAACAAAAUGCCCUACAAAAGGUUGUCGUGCCCAAUUUAACUUUACACCAUUAAUUUUAUCACCAUAUACAAUCCAUAAAGACUGGCAAACCAUUAAAUUGCAAGAACUUGUUGGAAUAGAGCAAACUGAAAAUGGAAGGAUACCACGUACCUUAGAGUGUGAGCUAACAGGUGAUUUGGUUAAGUGCUGUAUUCCUGGAGAUGAUAUAACAGUUACUGGAGUAAUCAAGACACAAUCUUCAAAUGAAUCAAGAGGUAAAGAAAAACAGGCAUCUGUAUUUUUAUUGCAUAUGAUGGCAAUUACUGUUGUUAACAAUAAAAAUCAAAGUCAUGCUCUCCAUGGGGGUGCAAAUCAUGUAACUUUUAAUAUUAAGGAUUACUAUGCAAUUCAGAAAAUCCAUGCAGAACCAUCUUUAUUUAGAUUUUUAGUACAUUCCUUAUGUCCGAGCAUAUUUGGCCAUGAAAUUGUAAAGGCAGGGCUUUUGUUAGCUCUUUUUGGUGGAACUGAAGAACAAACUGAUAUUAGAUGUGUAUCUCAUGUUUUAAUGGUGGGUGAUCCUGGCUUAGGGAAAUCCCAGUUGCUCCAAGCUUGUACUAAUGUUGCACCAAGAGGAGUUUAUGUUUGUGGAAAUACCAGUACCAGUUCAGGUUUAACUGUUACAAUGACUAGAGAUAAUGGAGAGUUUUCAUUGGAGGCAGGUGCUUUGGUUUUGGCUGAUCAGGGCUGCUGCUGCAUUGAUGAAUUUGAUAAAAUGACCGGGCAACAUUCUUGUCUUCUGGAGGUAAUGGAGCAGCAAAGCAUCAGUAUAGCAAAAGCCGGUGUUACAUGCAAUCUACCCACUAGAACGACCAUUCUGGCCGCCGCUAAUCCUGCAGGGGGUCAUUAUAAUAAAGCCAAAACAGUAUCGGAAAAUUUAAAAAUGGGUUCACCUCUCCUUUCUCGAUUUGAUCUUGUUUUCAUUAUUCUCGACAAACCAGACGAGACGGCUGACGCUUUAUUAUCGGAACAUGUCCUUGCUCUGCAUUUAGGAAUUAGAAAGCGAAACAUAUUACAAAUGGCCGAAGAAGUUAUACCCCUAGCUGAUGCGACGUUACCUCUGAAAGAACGGUUAAAAUUAAAACCUGAUGAAUGUUUGGAUUAUCUUCCGCACCAGUUAUUCAGAAAAUAUAUCGCAUAUGCACAAAAAUAUGUGCACCCCCAGCUUUCAGAUGAGGCAGCUGUGAUUUUGAAAGAGUUUUAUUUAGAGCUGCGAAAAAAAUAUCAAACAGGUGACAGUACACCGAUUACAAAAAGGCAAUUGGAAUCCUUGCUGAGACUAACACAGGCUAGAGCGAAACUUGAGUUACGUGAGGAAGCAACUGCAGAGGAUGCGAUCGACGUUGUGGAAAUAAUGAGACACAGUUUAAUUGAAACCUUUUUAGACGGUUCAGGAAAUCUCGACUUUACAAGAUCGCAAUUCGGAACGGGAAUGAGUAGUCGAAAUUUGGCAAAGAGACUGCUUUCUUUACUGCAAUAUCAAGCUGAUUGCCAAUGCAAAGGGACUUUUACAAUUGAGGAAAUAAAAAGAUUAGCUGAAGAUAAUGGAAUCAAUAAAAGUAAAUUCUUCGAUGUCUUAAGCAGUUUAAAUAUUCAGGGAUUUCUUAUUAAAAAAAGUCCCAAUUCUUAUCAGCUUACGAGUGCUGAUUCAUAAAAUAAAGAAAAUAGUUAUUACAGCUUUAUUGUUGUUGUUGACGUUCCGUUCUCAGUCACAGAAGGGGUAUCUUCAAGACUGACAGGAAAUAUCAAGUAUCACAAUUAAUUUUAUUAAUGUAAAAUAAUCUAUUUUCUUUAUCCGUUCACCACCGGGGUUUUCGAUACUCAAUUUGGAAAAUGCCAAGAACAAAACAAACCCGACGAAAAGUAAAUGCUAAAACUACUCGGCCAGGAGAUAUAGAUUUUCAGGAACUAAUUGCUCUUGAAACUGAUUUAAACCUACACUUAGAAACUGAGGACAAAAAAAUAAAAACAGAAAUCGAAACGCUAUUAAAAGAAACACUAUUUACCUUUUCUGAAAAGGAUAUGAGUAAAACUUUGUAUGAAUUGGGAAGUGAACAUACCACAGACAUUUCAAAGCUUACAGAUUUUUCUUCAAUACGAAAUAUUACUGCAUCUUCUGUGAAAAGUCAUCCUGUUCGUAGUUUAUCAUGUGGAGAUGAUGAAGGAUAUCUUACUGCAGGAAGUGGUGAAGGUACCCGAAAAUCAAGAUCAAGAGCCCCCAAAAAUACUAUUAAAAAAUCUGCUCGACCUUCUCGAUCUUUAUCACGUACGAAUCGUACUAAAUGCACCUUGAAUUCGUUCACUACACCCAUAGACAAAGGAAAACCCCCACAAGCAGGCAUUAACAGUGUAACCCCCAAGAUGAACCCAAGUAUACCUCAAGUUGUUCUAAGACGGCCAAAACAAGGUGAAAUGGCUAUAUCGCUUCAAGGUAGUCCCUUGAUGGUGAGCAGUCUUGUUAGUGAUGCUGUAGCAAAUGUUAAUAUACCCCUAAACGAUGGUCGGAUACUUACAAUUCAACCCCAAAGGGGUCUUAGACAUUCCCAAAUACCCAAUUUUUCACCAGCUACUAGAAGACAAAUUGAAACUCUACGAGACAAUUUGAACAAAGUAUGUGCUUUGAAUUUCAAAAAUUAAUUUAUUCAUAAUUAAUAUUUCCUCUUUAUUGUAUGUUAAUCUAUACUCUUGUUUUUUCAAAAAGUUCAUUAUUUGAAUACUUUUUUUUUCUUUACCAUUAUUAAAGAAGUUUUAAUGGA